AUGUGGAUGGAAGUGAUCAUGCUAAAAAGGGACAUAAAGCCAGAAAAUGACAGGCCACGGAAAGUCCGGUUUCGGAUUGCGUCAUCUCACAGCGGGCGAGUUCUGAAGGAAGUGUAUGAAGAUGGGCAACCAUCAGGCUCCCUGGAUUCUGAAUGUGCCAGCAUCUGUGGGGUAGAUGGACUGAGUGAGUCUGAUGGACAGCAAAAUGGCCACAUAGGAUCAGAAGGUGAUGAGUAUGAGAACGACCAGGAUAACUUGCUGGUGUUAGCGAGGGCUGCCAGUGAGAAGGGUUUUGGUACAAGAAGAGUCCACAUUUUAAGCAAAAAUGGCACAGUCAGAGGCGUCAAGUACAAAGUGAGUGCCGGCCAAGCUCUAUUUAACAAUUUGACCAAAGUAUUGCAGCAACCAUCAAUUGACCUAGAAUUUGACCGUGUAGUGAUUUAUACCACUUGCCUUCGUGUUGUACGAACAACCUUUGAAAGAUGUGAACUGGUUAGAAAGAUCUUCCAAAACCAUCGAGUAAAAUUUGAAGAGAAAAACAUAGCUUUGAACGGUGACUAUGGAAAAGAGCUAGAUGAGCGAUGCCGGCGUGUUUCUGAAGCUCCUUCCCUCCCUGUCGUGUUCAUCGAUGGCCAUUACCUUGGGGGUGCUGAGAAAAUUUUGUCAAUGAAUGAAUCAGGAGAACUGCAAGACCUCUUAACCAAAAUUGAGAGAGUGCAGCAUCCACAGGAGUGUCCCUCCUGUGGAGGCUUUGGCUUUCUUCCGUGCUCCGUGUGCCAUGGGAGCAAGAUGUCAGUGUUUCGAAACUGCUUUACAGACUCUUUCAAAGCUUUGAAGUGCACUGCUUGCAACGAGAACGGCCUUCAACGCUGUAAGAGCUGUGCUGGUUAGCCGGCGAUCGCACCCAGGGAGAGCCUCGUUUUAUUAACUAAAGUCAAUCAUAUGGUUUAUACGUGUUUUUAUUUUUAACUGU